CAUCACGUCAGUGCAAGGACCGGCAAGGUUUAUAACCCAGAUUCUCAGAACUCAGAACAUCAUACUGUGGAACACUCUAUCAGUGGACUAUGGUACCUCAAUCACUUGGAGCGUCGGUAACGAUGGAAAGCGGGCAUUAAUCACAAUCAUCACAAUUGAUCAUUAUUGUUUAUUACAGUGUCAAUGUGUAUUGCGUUUUGAUUGUAGGCGGCAGGCAUGCCAAAAAUUCUGCUACAAAGAGCUGAAGAAAUAUAUCGUGCUGUGAGAGAAAUCAUGAACUGUACCAAUUCAGAGAAAGUUCUAGUGGGUCCAUAUGGUGAGACGUACCCAGCAAGUCGUCAUGCAAACCAGGCCAUGAAUAUAAAAGCUGAGGAAGUCUCUGAGUCACAAGAGGAAGCAGAUCCUCUGCAAAUAACAAUUCAGGAAAUAAAGGAUGAACCUGAGGACUAUACAAAUUCAGAGAACGUUUUAGUGGGCCCAUAUGGUGAGACAUACCCAACAUCUCAUGAUGCAGAUCAGGCCAUGAAGGUAAAAGCUGAGGCAGACUCAGAUGCAGAGGAGGAAGGGGAUCCUGUCCCAAUAACAUUUCCAGAAAUAAAGGCUGAACCUGAGAUACAUUCUGUAUUCGUGUAG